UAGAAUUCAUCAUCAACAUGGCUGCCGCAGAGCACGAAAAUCACGCCAGAGCAGUUCGCCCUUGUUCCUACUACCAAAAUAACACGAAGUACUCUUUUUUCGACACGAUUGGUGACUUACAGAAGGCUGGGGUACUGCAGGAUGUCGUCCUUGAAGUCGAGGGCCGCCAGUUUCCCUGUCAUCGGCUUGUUUUGUCCGCUCGCAGCCCCUACUUCAGGGCCAUGUUUACAAGUGACAUGGCGGAAAGUCGACAGAAGACGGUUGUUUUACAGGAUAUGGAUGCAGAUGUGUUUGAGGAGAUCCUGAGUUACAUCUAUUCUGGAACCCUCCAUGUGUCCCUGGACAAAGUGCAGCCCCUGUACCAGGCAGCCGACCUCCUCCAACUGGACUAUGUGAGAGACACCUGCAGCAGCUACAUGGCCAUGAACGUGGAUUGCUCCACCUGCGUGGACCUGUACCAGUUUGCUGAUUUUUUCUCUAUAGACAAGGUUCAAAACCGUAGCCUGCAUUUUAUCUGCAGGUUCUUUUCUGAGGUUUCUCACACUGAGGAGUUCUACAGCCUCAGUGCAAAUCAGCUGACUGAGAUCAUCAGUAAUGAUAAUCUGGAUGUUAAAGAGGAGACAACAGUGUGGGAGGCUGUGGUGAGAUGGGUGCAGCACAGCAGGAAGGACAGACUGCACCACCUACCCAGCAUCCUCCCUCACAUCCGCUUCAACCUGCUGACCUCAGAUGACACGGCAGCCAUCUUGGAACACCCCCUGGUCAAGGAGAAUGCUGGGAGUUCUGAGAUGAGGAGUCUGGUAGGGACAUCCAGUCUAAAGGGAAGAGUGGGGAUGGAUGCACAGGAAAUGGUACUGCUUUUCAGGACAAUUAAAAAAGACACAAUGAAAAUGCUCUGUAUGAACCCUAGGUCAGAUCAGUGCAUCAAGUUCAUUUACACCCAUGCCCAGUAUACAGUCAGCGCAGCAACAGUUACCAGCAAUAAUGACAUCUACAUCCUCAUCGAAGAGUCAAACCAACAGGCCUUGUUUCGGUACAUCCAUCUGGAGAACGUGUGGGAGAAGAAGUCUUCAGAAUUUUGCUUUUGGGACAUACCAAAACACUCCUUAGAAGACCCAGAGUUUACAGAAUAUCUUGUUGAAGUUGAUGGCCUUCUUUAUUACUUUGCUGUGCAUGUCACAUUGCCACCAAGGAAAAGAAGGAAAAGAAUUGUUAUGGUGUUGAAAAAGUACCAAUGCUCCACAGGCCGAUGGCAAGACUGUUCGAAUGUGAAGCCUAUGCCUACUCAUGACGAGCAUUAUUUCAAUGUGGCAGUGCCCUGUGGUAAACACCUAUAUCUCAUCACAAACACAGAGAUGCAUCGCUAUGACCCAAGUCAGGACAGCUGGUGCAAGCUAACCCCGCAACAAACCAUUCCUUACCCUUGUACAGCUGUUGCCAUGGGAACAGAGAUUUUCUGCAUGGACGCCACUUUGUGGAAGAUGGUGGUGUACGAUGUCGAAGCGGACAGCUGGCAUGAGGUUCAAGGGUGGUGCAGCCCAAACGAAAACCCAAGGCACAAUCCUAAACUCUUUGUAUAUGAAGGUCAGCUGCAUGUAUUGGUAGAAUUCCACAGCCCAAGUCGAAGAUUCUUUGAAGGUAGUCAGAACAUAAAUUGUGUAUGAUAGGUCUGCAGGGACUUGGGGAGACUUGCAGGUCAAUCUGCCUGACGGGCUUUGGUGGAUGCGCGAUUCUGUGUUACCUGUAGCACGUAUGUACGCAUAUCCACCAGGCCAGGAUGACCAUACAAAGGACUAGUACCAGCAGCAUUAUCAGGAAAGAUCUUUGCCUUAGUUGAAGGGUUUUGCAAGUUUCCUAUAAUGGAAAAUUGACUAGUUUUUGAUGGGCCUCUUAUACUGGUACCAUGAUACCCGCUAUUCUGUAUUGUAAACGCUAUUGCCAUUUUUAUUGCCAGGCAUCACAUCUUCGAGCUUGGAAGAAACUACGUGCACCAAUGUAGUUCAGUUUCAGAAGGACUACAUGUAGUACAACUGGACUACAUGUCCAGUGCAGCUGGGCAACAUGGAGUACAACUGAACUACAUGCCCAGUUCAACUGGACUACGUGUAGUACAACUAGACUACAUAUGGUAUAACUAGACUACAUGUAAAUAACUAGACUACAUGUAAUACAACUGGACUACAUAUAACUAGACUACAUGUAAUACAACUGUACUACAUAUAACUAGACUACGUGUAGUAUAACUAGACUACAUAUGGUAUAACUAGACUACAUGUAAAUAACUAGACUACAUGUAAUACAACUGGACUACAUGUCCAGUGUAGCUGGGCUACAUGUAAAUACAACUGGACUACAUGCAGUACAACUGGACAACUGUUCAGUCCAGCUGGACAACAAGUUUUAAAACUCGACUACAUGUUGUACAACUGGACUACUGGACUGGUCCAGUUGGACAAGGUGCAGUACAACUGGACAACAUGUAGUACAACUGGACUUCAUGUAGUUCAUGUGUACUACAUGUAGUGUAGUUUAGUUACAGUUUUCUAUGCUGUGUGACUUACCUUUGUUAAUAUUAUUGGUUCUUUAGUACCUUAAUCUUUUAGUUGGAAGCAGAUGAAUGCAAAAGUUAUUUGCAAGUCAUUUAGGGAAACAACUUUGUUAGUUAAAGAUGUACAAAUGUUUACCAUGGUAGCCAAAUAAAAGUUGUCAAAAUUAA